AGCCAAAAGCGGCGAUCAUUUUGCUGCGAACAACCAUCAGAGCUAAAGGAGAUUGCAAAAGAGGCAAGGAAGUGAUUGAUGACGGUCACCAUGAAGAACGGAGUUUGUGCGUCGUCGAAUAGAAAAUUAUUUUUCGAUCAAAUUUGUGCGAAGAGUUUUCCGUCCCGGUGGUAAAGCGUAGUACCAAACGGGGUACCAAAGUGUCGCGCGUACGAACAGUGUUAAACCGGGUGCGCUGCGACAACCGAAUCAAGCGGAAACGAUGGCCAUGUCCAGCUGGAUGAUUCGCCAUCGGAGCCAGCGACAGAGAAGUCGCCCUCCACCGGAAGACUGCUACCGCUUGGAUCCGGCCAAAUCGGUCCAGGAGAACGCCCCGGAUAUAUACCUAGCGCUCAGUGCCCGCGCCACGAAUGAAAACAAACGGCUCAGUCUGCUGAACGGGCUGGUCAAACUGGUCGAACGAUGGAAGAAGGAGAAUGCCGUUGGAAGCUGCUCGCUGCUGGUUGGAAGUCCCCAGCGAAGAUUGUUACCCCAGCGGGAGGCGGCCCUCGGGUUUACCAUCGCCGAAUGGCUGUACUGUGUUAGUGCUUCGCUGGUUCAUCAGUUUACGCAAAUCCGUGCGGGAGCGCUGCGUGCGAUCCGGCACCUGCUGAUGAUCCCCAGCGAUGUCCGGGUGCUUAACGAACUCCAGUUGGGUCAUCUGGUGUGCAGGAGCCUGGAUGUGCUGUUGAAGAAUGAAGAAGAACGGGUUCAGGCUUUGAAACUCAUCAGAAAACAGCUUGUUGUAGCGCCGGAACUGGUAAGUCCGGCCGUGGUAAGGUGCUUGGUUUCGCUGGGCGAAAGUGGAGCCGAAGAUCGUGCCGUCAAUGCGGAUCGUGAAGAUCGCAUGCUGAGGGCAUGCUUGGCAACGCUGUGUGAGUUUGGAGUGCUGAACUCGAAGCUGCUGAUCGUGUGUGGCGGGGUCAGCGUUAUUACCAGAAAUGUAUUGGAAUGUCACAGCCCACGAAUAGCGGAGAGCUUAUGUGGGGUUCUUCUGCAUCUUCUUGAAUGGCCAAAAAAUCGUCAGAUCGCCGGUGUACGGCUGGAUUGUCUGGCAGCACCGUACUGUGACUUCACCUAUCGGCUAGGCAUCAUGGAUAAGAACAAAGAUGCGCGGGAUCUUCGAUUCACGUGCAGUCGGUUGGCUCUCCUCUCUGUCCUCCGCAGCUGGGCUGGAACGCUGGAGUUUUGCAAUCCGGCGAAACCUUCCGGUUUGAAGGCUAUCAUCGACAUCCUCUAUCUAAACCAACUGGAAGUACGCAAAGCUGUGCUCGAUCUUUUGUACGAACUGCUCGGACUUCCACAGCCCGUUUGGACGGAUGAAUAUUCCGUCGCUCUUUCGGUGGUUGAUCCGGCUGAGUUUCAAGACUCGUGGCGAUUGAACGAAGGUUUUGUCGCUGCUGAAGGGACGGCCGUACUACCUUCGCUAGCCUGCCGUGUGCCAAACGUACCCGACAUUCACCUCGCGCUACUCCUCUACUGUUUCAUCGAAAACGGACUACUGAAUGCGCUCGUUGAAGUGAUCAUCAGCAGCGAUACCUUUAUCUCGGUCCGGGCCACGAUACUGCUCGGUAAAAUCCUACACCAAAUGCAUCUGCUGCUACCGGCGGAAAUCUGCAAUUCGACACCUUCUGGAACGCUGCCAACUCUUAUCUCGAAAGCGACCGAAGGUAACCAUCAGGCUAAGGCGGCCAUCGCCGCACUCCAGCAGUUUCACCAAAUGCUCCAGAAUCGGCCCGCUUCCUAUUCGCUGUUUCUCGACAGUGUUAUCCAGAGUGGCGAACUGAUUAACACACGGAUGUUUAAAAGGGAGCUAAGCUCACAGGAGGCAGUUCCGUUACCAGCUACCAAAUACGCCACUCUGGAAGGCGUUUCCGGCUUCGGCAGCAAGCGGACACGACAUGAUUCUGUCGGUUCAACUGGAAGCUCCUCCGGGGGAGGAGGCAGCGGCGUUGGUGGUCGCUUGGGUUAUCUCUUCACCGGCAGUCUUCCGAACGGUUCAUCGAUGGAUGAUAGCGCGAUUGGUGUAGCGGGAAGCGGGAAGUCACAACCCGGAGGCGGUGUUGGAAAACGCUCCAGCAUGAAGCGGGCCCGAUUUCUACACUUUUUCGAUAAUCUCAAAGAAAACGAACGACUUAUCAAGGACUCGAAUGUACUCGCUAACAAGGAUCCGAACAUGUGGGACUGGGACAUCGUGAUAACGAUCUUCCGGUCGGACAGUUUGGGAAGCAAACUGGACGAUCAGAAUACGCGCUUCAUCCGGAGGAUUAUCGAUUAUUUUAAGCCAAGCAAUAAUCGGUUUUCGCAUCAGGAUUUGACCGGGAAUAGUCGCCAGCUUCCGGCGUAUGUUACAGCCGCACUGGAGCUGAUCGAUUGGCUGCAGCAGAGUCAGGAGCUCGAAUGCAUUCGCAUUCUAACCGAUCUGUUCACCGACAUCCGGGGACAGUUGAUGGCUAUCCAUGCGAAAAAAUCCGCUCACGAGUGCCUGUUCAGUCCGCAGCACAUGACCAGUACCAUGUGUCAGCAGUACUUCCUGUUGAUCGGUCGCAUGUGCCGCACGGAGAAGGGACUCAGCGUGCUAACCAAUACGGAUGUGUUCAAAGAAUUAACGACGAUCGUAACGAAAACCAACCAUCUGUGUUACGUCAAACUGAUAGUGUCCGGCUUGGACUACAGCCUGGACGGCGAACCGCGAAAGAUUCUGAUGCGGGCCCUCCUAAAGCACCCCUCGGCAAAAGCCCGCCUUUACGCCACCCAGUUUCUACGGGUGCUGCUGCGAGCCCGACUGCCGAACUUCGAGGUGUGGGGAAUCCCCUUGCUGCUGAAAUUGGUGGACGAGUGUCAGGCCCGUUGCGUUCAGUUGGCGGCUCUCGAAAUCCUGGAGGAAGCUUGCUACGAACGCGAAUACCUGGAGGAACUGGUCAACGUGUGGCCAAACCUGGAGCGGGUGAACGAUCACGGCAAGCUGGUGAUGAUGAAAUUCUACUCAAAACCGCGUGGGCUGAAUCAUCCGCAGGCUAAGAUAAAGGAGGAAAUCGAACUGUGGGAUGGCAGCUACAAUAAAAGAUAUGUACUGAUGAUCGAAGCGGAUAUCCAUGCCUAUCUAACGCAACAUACCAAAACCGAGGAUGGCACGUACAGCCGAAGGCACUGUGCUCAGAGAACGGGAGUAGCGGCUCCCAAUAUGUUACCCCAUCUGUACGGACAACUUGUCCAAACAAGCCAGGGACUGUCGAAUCUUCACACCCAUGGUAACCUUACGAAUUUGAUCGAUACGCUAGUGCAAGCCAAAUGCGGUAAUGAGCGUGAGGUUCUGGUACUGAAGGCCGCCAUGUGGGCUCUGGGUCACUUCAGCACCAGCAAAGACGGGGUAACGUGGCUGAGCGAGGCUCGAGUGCGUGUUUACGAACGCUUGAUACAGUUGGCGAAGUACGCCGAAGUGUAUUCGGUCCGAUCGACGGCCCUCAACUGUCUUUGCCUGGUGGCGACCACUCAGAUGGGGGCGGACGUUCUCCAUAAACUAAACUGGAUCGCUGUACGGCACGACAGGAACACUUGUUGGCCCGUAUACGAGCCGGAAGAGUGGUUCCCCCGACAACUCAACACACCCGUUAGACAAAACUAUUCGCUGGCGCCGUACAAUUAUACCGCACUGCUAGGUGAUAACGAAGGGCUCCUAACAAACGACUCCGACGACCAGCAAUUAAUUGUGUCUCGACUGGAGAGCACAUCCGUUGGUGAGGAUCAGAGUGAUUGUGCUGCUGCGGCUUCCGCCAGCUUAGCCAGCCGCUCGCGAACCCUACCGGAAAGUGUCCUUUCGGCUAGUCGCACUCCAGUCUCCCAGAAACACAAACGCUCCCUGUCUGAAUCGAAAACAACCGACGGUAUCAGUUUGAUGGGUGCUGCGAUACCGUCAUCCGGCGUGCAGCAGAACAACACCCUUGUAACUGCUCCUGCCUCGUACCAUAUGCAUCCAGCCUCGAGCCGAACGCGAUACAACUCGGGCACCGAUUCGAACACAUCCGGUGUCAGCAGUUACGAGUCAAUCUUCGGCGGUGGACGGUUCCAUUCGGACAUGAUGCAGCAAAGUCAACUGUCGCCCAUUCCGAGCAGUUCGAACCUGAUCGAUUUGAAAAAGCUUUCCUCGAAGGAAAAGUACCGCCGGACCUCGCUAACCGGGCUUCCCCUGCGGGAAGCAAACCUGAUGUCGGCUCAAGAUUUGUACGGUUAUCACACGCUUCGAAUUCUGCGACGACGCUGUCGCCCGAUGCUGUCCGAAUCCGCCGCCGAUGAACUGGCCGAAAUGAUGGACGAAACGAUGACCAGCGUAACGUCAUCGUCCUCGACUUCUACCAUCUCCCGGUUUCGACUACGUGCGUCCAAAUCGUUGUCCGAGCAGCAGCGCAAGCUAAAGGUGCGCAGCCUUGAUCGCAAUUGCAGCUUCAACGCGAUGAUGGGGUACGACGACUUUCGGCAGAGCUUGCGGUUGAAGCAUCAAAGACUUCAGCUUCAGGCGGAUAUCCGGGGUCCCUGCUAUGCUGGUAUUUGCCUUCCCCGCAACAUCCUGGAGUUGUUCCCGCAGGAGGAACACAACGGUACGUACGUAUCGAACUUUACCCUCAACGAGCUGGAAGCGAACCUUUACGGAUGUGACACGGACAGUGGCAAGGAAAACUUCGGUGGUGGCAUUCACGGUGGUAGCAGCAACAUCCUAAUCGUUGACCGCGAGUCGGCCGAUUCCCUGAAGCUGUUGCGAGCCAACUCGAUGGACAGUACCGGAACCACCAGUCACCAGCGGGACGAGUGUCUGCAGUGCUGCCGGCGACGCCGGGACGAACCAUCAGCGACAACCAGUAGCAGUCGGAGCGAGUGUUUUAACUCUUCAGAUAAUUCGCUUAGUGAAGAGGUCGAUCGGAUACGGGUUAGCAUUCUGCUGCACGUCCAACGGAUGGCGAACCCCGUUUGGAGCAAGCAAAGCCGAACGCAGCUGCUGGAUAUCAAACAGAAACAUGCGAGCGCCUUUCAGGAUGUCUGUCUGUACUCGGAGAUCUGCCAGCAGCUGGGUCGGAACACGUAUCGGCUGGCGUCGAGGCGAUUUUUGCAGGAGCUUUUUCUCGACCUGGAUUUCGAUAGUUUCUUUCGAGAACCGGCUGAAAUUGCCAGUCUGAGGGAGGAAGUUUUGGCUGGGAAUGGUGGGAGCGCAGUCAAUGGAAUCGCUUUUUCAACUUUGGUGGCUCCACCACCUUCGAUUGGGACUAAAGCCAGCGUUACAAAGCACUCUGGUGGACGUAGUAUUAGGACUGGUGGAGGGAAAGUAAAUCACGACAGUAGCAAUAAACAAUCCAUGGAAAAUAAUCUCAAUACGAAUGGGGGUUUACAGAACAACAACAAUAAUAAUAACAACAACAGUAAGACGCUUUCCAUGCAUGGUACUGGGAGUAAUAGUGAUGGCACGGGCGUGUUACACAACACCAGUGGUAAGUCGCAUCUGAUGCGGUCACCUCCUCUGGCCAGUUUGUAUGAAACUAGCGUCGAAAAUCUGGCCGAAAUGGGUUCAACUCCAAAGGAGGCGAAGCCUUCACUGCGAGUGCAGGCCACACUCGGACAAAUGGAAGCGAAUAAAAAGGCACUGAACCGUCACUCGAUCGGCACGGACGUACCGGAUGGCAGAGCCAUCACUAAAGACGGCGCCGAAGAGCCGCUGGUGCAAGCGACCUCGAACGAAAACGACGACGACGAUCCGUCCUCGUGUUCGUCCUGUUCGGCGGUGAGUUCCUCGCACAACCAAAACACCAAAUAUCGGCCUCGGCCGCGCUUCAACACGCUUGAGCUGGAUCUGAGCUGUACCAAAAAUAAGUUCCCCAUCAGGCGGGACAGAAUCGGUCUUUCACCCACAACCCCGACGUCGACGACGACGGUGGGAAUCGUAACCACGUUCGGUGUCACCAUACUUGGCAUGGGGGGCGACCAAGCCGUUACCGAGCGGCGUAGUCCAACCGGUGGAGGUACGGCGGACUUACAGCUCCUGCAGCAGCAACAGACCCCACUGUUGGCGGACCUUCCGACGCUGUACUGUGAGCAGCGACUGCAACAGCAGCUCAAGGGUUCCAAAUCGGAAGCGGCCCUGAUGACCAGCAGAAAGUGAGUCGAAGGGUUUGUUUUAAAUUAACCCUAGAAAACGGAUUUUUUUUAUUAACUUGAUUUAUUGGCGAUAUUGCGAUCGUUCAAAGUCAGACAGUGCGAAACCUGAACUCUUGUUGUUAUAUUUUAUCCAAAAUAGGUUAGAAUCCGAGAUCUAGUCGCCUAUGACAAAGAACAGAAAGCAGCGAGAUAAACACAAAAUAGACACCGAAAACUUAACAUAAUCUACAGAUACAAAAAGUCCAGUUAGAAAAGAACAAAAAAAAACAAACAGUUGUAUGUUGUUGUUUAAACAACCAAGUAAAAUUAAAAUACAAUUCAACCGGCGCAGGUUCCUAUGUGUAUAGUUUUUAGGUCUCAAGUUUAUUUAUUUAAUUAUUCUACUAUCAUUUCCUUCCUCCUAUGUAAAACUGAAUCAUUUAUACUAUCAUUUUUUCGGCUUUCGCGAUUCGAACAGUUUCGACAGAGGAGGAAUGCCCUACUAAUGCAACUAGGUUUACAAAUGAUAAUAGUAGAAAAAACAACAACUAAAUAGUUCCUUUUGCAGUCGAAAACAUGUAGGCAAAACAAAGAAGGCACUUACUUAUAUUGUUGAGUAAUUCCAUUGACGAAUAUUUUAUUCUAUUUUUUUUUACUUCUUUGACGAUUUUAGUUGAACUUCACAUAGUUUUUUGGGUUCAAAAAAAAAACUUUCUUACAUGAAUUUGAAAUCAUUUGGUAUGAAUAAUUUUCAUUUUUUCUGGCCUCGACACCGUGUUCAAUCGAAUUACCAAGGUGUAUAGAAUGACCUUUUCAGUACUAUAAUUAUCGUUUAAAUAAGGCCACACAUGAAUGGUUUAAGUUUGAGCUAUUUUUUUCUUCCUCAAUUACUCCUCUAGGGGUGAGAUACUGUUCUCAUUAAAAAAGACCUGAAAAGUUGACUUGUUAAUAGACUUACCACAACAGGAAAGAGUAUUAUUGGGUAGAUAGUUUAAGACAGGCAAAACUAGCAGCAUUAGAAGGAAGUAAGAGAAAAGGCGCAAAAACAAACAAAGAAAAAGUCAUGCAAUCAGUACUUUCCUACAAGAGAUACCUAAUAUAAUUUAACGAAGGGGACAUUUUACGCUGAAUUCAUCAGUCUCAGUUUGCGUGAAAUCCCUCUAACAAAAAAUAACCUAAAAACUGGUAGACUAGCAAUCGAUUUACUUGUUUGCGUCUGAUUGCUCUAAACAUUUGUAUAAGUUGUGUAUAGAAGAGACUGUGUAGUGCGGGAAAACUACUUUCUGAUUUUAGUUUCUCCCCUCCCAUUGUUUUGCAACACUUUGACUGCAGCAGCUAGUAAUUUAUGUAUGUGUGCGUGAUAUGGUUGCGCUUUUCCUUUUGUAAAUAGUAAACUACCGUGACUAGAGGGGUAGAGUCAUUCUACCAUUUUUUUUCCUGUUACUUUCACUCACAAAAAAAUUUAAAAAAUGACAAAAAAACUACUUUUCUUCAGCCUAUAUUUUCUAAAUUUUUGUACUUUUGAGAAAAAAAAACUAAUUUGUACGUUAAAUUGGACCGAAUUUUACUAUAGCUGGAUGAAAAAAAAAAUAAACAAUCGGCUAAAAUCCUAAAAAAAACGAAAAACCCUGAUUUAGAAAGGCGAUUUAUGUGGAGAAUAUUGCUAAGCAAAAAAAUCAAUAUAGAAUUUAA